UUAGAUUCCCCUGCCUCUCGUCACAGUGUUUUUUUUCCACUUCAUACUUUAUUUUCAGUAGGCGAGAAAUUUGGUGUCAACUCUUCCGGUGGUUGUUGCUCAGUUUCUGUUGUUUACAUUGGAACUCCCUUGCCCAAGAUGUCUAUCAUACCCUCGCUGCCCAAAUUGACUUCCCAGGAAUUAAUCGAUAAGUUCUGGGAGAAAAGAAUCGGCAAGAAUGCAUCCAAGAUAGCCAAACCACCCACCGUCCUCCCAAAAAACGUACUCACCCAAAUGGUAGGCAACAACAUGCCCCAAGGCAUCGUGACAGGCCGUCCCGUAACCGAAUCCUAUGACCACGCCGUCAAAGAGUGCGAGAUCAAAGUCCGCCAAAUCAUCGCAGAAUGCCGCCGGACCAACACCAAGUACUGCGAUCCGCACUUCGACCUCGAUGACAUGGAGUACUGCCUCACAGCGCUAUCUGGCAAGAAAGAUCCUCCUCUUUCACCACCAGUGGACACUGCCGUCACGUUUGAAGUCACGCAACGGGCUGUCUCGGCGGGUGAGCAGAUCUCCUGGGGAAACGUCCAGCCGGAUCAAGUAGGGCAGCAGGACGGACCGCCUCCUUCGUCGGGACCGGCGUGUGCGAAGAGGGUGGGUGCUAUUUUUGAGGAGCCGAAGUUUCAUGUUAAGAAGGAUGUGCAUGUUAAAGACCUCAGGCAAGGUGCAGAGGGAGAUUGCUGGUUCAUCGCUUCAUUGGGAUCGCUAUGUGUUGAAGAGCGGUUCUCGCAUCUCGUAGAGCGGAUCUGUCCGCCUCAGCUGCGAGAUGAGAAGGUUGGUGUCUAUGGAUUUGUGUUCCAUCGUGAUGGCGAGUGGGUCUCGGAGAUCAUUGAUGAUAAACUGUAUCUCUCUGCGCCGGACUACGACGAUUGCGAUGAUUCGCGACGAGCGGUUUGGGAUUCGGCGCAUUUCAGGCUGGAUCCUGAGGUGUCGAGGAAGUUGUAUAAGAAGACUUUUCAGACGGGAUCGGAUGCGUUGCAUUUCGCUAGUUGUGCGCACCCGCAAGAAACGUGGGUGCCGUUGCUGGAGAAGGCGUUUGCGAAGGCUCAUGGUGAUUUUGAAGCUAUUGCUGGUGGGUGGCCCGGUGAAGGUGUGGAGGAUCUUACGGGUGGGAUCACGACUGAGAUUGUUUCGGCAGAUAUUCUGGAUCGGGAUCAGCUUUGGACGGAAUCGUUCUUGAAUGUCAAUAAGGAGUUUCUUUUCGGCGCGGGAACUAGACAUUAUGGAAGCAGUUCUGAAGACCGAGCUGGCGGGAGACAGGGUAUUCAAGAUGGACAUGCAUACUCCGUUCUCAGAGCAGUGGAGUAUAAAGGGGAGCGUCUCCUCAUGGUCAAGAACCCUUGGGGUGACACUGAGUGGAAUGGUCGAUGGAGCGACGGCUCGAAAGAAUGGACGCCUGAAGCCCUGAAAGAGCUCGAUUUCACAUUUGGCAACGAAGGUAUUUUCUGGAUGCCAUAUGAGAGUUUCCUGGAACGAUUUGUCGAGAUCUGGAGAGCUAGGCUGUUCACUGAAGAUUGGAACGUGUCGCAGCAUUGGACUACGAUCCAAGUUCCCUGGUCAGGCGAUUACAAUGACACCGAGUUCGAAUUUGUGCUUACUGAGCCCACAACUACCGUCAUCGUGCUCUCUCAACUUGAUGGUCGGUAUUUCGGUGGGUUGACAGGCCAGUACUCUUUCAAUCUCGCUUUCCGACUCCACAUGGCCGGCCAAAGCGAUUACGUUGUCCGAGGAUAUUCCAGUGGCGAAAGAUCUGCUGUUGCGGAAGUUGAUCUCGAGCCGGGCACUUAUCGUGUACUGCUACAGAUUGAGGCGUUUCGACGAUCUUAUAGACCCAAGAUUGAAGAUGUUGUGAAGGAAAAUUGGCUGGAAAGAAGAGAUAAGUUGAUUCGCAUUGGGCUGUCGUAUGAUUUGGCGCAUGCGAAGGGGAAGAUUGAGGAGAAGGUGGUGCCGAAGAAAGUUGAGGAAAAGAAAGAGGAGGGAAAAGGGGAGGAGAAGAAACUAGGGGAAAAGAAUGUGGAAGAGGAGAAAGCCGAAGCCACCAAACUCGCUGAGAAACAAGUGGAAGAAAUGAAACCAAAAGACAGUUCUAAAGCAUCUGAUGCCACUUCAUCCACAGAACCCGAAUCCAAACCAGCUGCCGACGAACCUACUCAUCACCAAUCCAGCCAUCCGGGGGAAGAAUCUUUAGGCGGAUUCGGCGCAGAACCUAAUGCUCCACCCCCACCUCCAGCUCCAGCACACGACGAUGAUUCAGACGACGAAGACGGAGAAGGUGAUGAUGCGCCUUGGAACGCACCACUGGUCGUCAGUUUGAGAGUUUUCUGUCACAAAACAGCAGCGACAAUUAAAGUGAUUAGGAAUGAUGCGGAGGAAGUGACGGCCGAGAUGAAGCCGGGUUUGGAUGUUGAUGAUCCGGAGAAAGAUGCUACGAAGGUUGUUGUGGCUGAACAGACGGAUGGGGAAAAAGAGGCGGGUGUCGAGGCUGGGAAGAAGGUGGAUUUGACGCUGCAGCCAAAGGCUGUGUGAACACUUAUGACCGAGUUGAGAGGUUUGAUUCUGUACAAUUGGCAAUGAAACCUUGAUCGAUGUUGCUCAGAACAGCUGAUUCCAAGGUCACUUAAAACAUUUUUUUCUCCUGCUCUGGCUUCUUGCCACUACCAAAAAGUAUUGGCCCGCAAUGAUAUCGAUGUUUCUCCACUCUAUUAAUUCUCGUCCUUUCAAACAUUUCCAACUAACUCCUCGUGUGAAGAAUAUAGGCGGAGCUGAAACCUUGCAGGUGAAUAUCAUGAAGAAGAAGUUUUUGAUAUCACAGACAGGAUUGUCGUUCCCUUACUGAAAGUACGACGCACAUGAACACGGCGCAGAUCUCGCUAAGGAAUUGUAUGCAGAGAUGCACUAUUGGUAAUGGCCGAUACCACAUGAUAGGUGAUACUGAGGAUCUGGAACCUGUGUUCUGGAUCUGUCAAUGCAGCUGGGUUCUUCAGGAGAACUUCACUGCCUAAGAUGGAUAUGCUACAGUUAGGAUUACUAUCGCUGAGAUGUUGUUAAAUGGGAAAAACCCUUUCCCAAAAAACAUAGUUAUGCAUCGAUAUUUGGUUGGAGAUAAAGAGACAUCUUCGCUUAAUGUCAUAUGAUAUGAACAUGUGGGAGAAAUCGGACCGGAAAAUUAAAGAAUGGAUUUGAGUUUGAUUUCGUGCUGGAAUUUGGAUGGUGCGAUAUGUACUCGUGAUGUUUCGCCCAAUGUCAAUAUUUGAAAAGGCAUAUACAUGGUCUCAGAUGGUCUCUACAAGGAAUUAGCCGUAAC